AGAAGGAGAAGAAGAAGAAGAAGAAGAAGAAGAAGAAGAAGAAGAAGAAGAAGAAGAAGAAGCAGAAGAAGAAGAAGCAGAAGAAGAAGAAUACAACAUGGCGUCUGCGGUUGCUAGGCUACCAAAGCGUUCGUCGUUGUGCUUUUGUGCCUCACCUGAGCGAAACUAGACAGUAAAUUACACUUUUUUUUUUUAAACAAAAAAGCUUGUUUUCUACAUUUAUGUGACAGGAAACAGCGCUUUAGGACAACAUUGGAAACCGUCGCGAAAAAUCUUUCGCCUUGCCUACAAGAAGCCCAUUUUUCACUGGUGCUAGGUGGCUAACGUUAGCAUUUGAUCAUGGAGCGAGCCGACCGUCGACUUGUGAAGAACCAACCAUACGACGAGAGCGUGGAAGUGAGCGACUCGGCAGAGGAGGCGAGCGUCCGCGGCCAGGCCGAGCGCGGGAGGAACAGGAUGGGGCGUAGCCACAUGUCCGACCACAGCAGCAGUGACGAGAUGGACAAAGACCUCGAGCCUCCGAGGGGUAAAGGCUCAAUCGGCAGGCAGCCCGGCGUCAGCCCAAACGAGGAAGACGACGAGGACGAGGAAGAAGAGUCGGGGGAAUCGGAGGACGAGGACGAGGACGACGAGACCAGCGAGGCUCCGGAGGGCGCGUACGACCCGGCCGACUACGCCAUCCUGCCCGUCAGCGCAGAGAUCAAAGAGUUAUUCCAGUACAUCGUGCGGUACUCUCCUCAGUCCAUCCAGCUAAAACACAGCCUAAGACCCUUCAUCCCGGACUUCAUUCCGGCCGUGGGCGACAUCGACGCCUUCCUCAAGGUGCCGAGGCCGGACGGCGAAGCGGACGGGCUGGGCCUUCUGGUUCUGGACGAGCCCAGCGUCAAGCAGUCGGACCCUACGCUCCUGUCGCUCUGGUUGUCCGAGGAGACCAAGCAGCACGCCACCGGCGAGCUGAAGGUGACCAGCGUGUCCAGUCCUCAGUCCAACCCCCGCGCCGUGGACAGCUGGGUGGAGAGCAUCGGCGCCCUGCACCGCUCCAAGGCGGCGGCCAGCGUGCAGUACGCGCGCGCCAUGCCCGACAUCGACGCCCUCAUGCAGGAGUGGCCGCCGGAGGUGGAGGAGACUCUGGGCCGCGUGCGCUUGCCCCCCGCCCGCCUCCACUGCAGCUUGUCGCGGUACUGCGACGUCGUGUGCGCCCUGCUGGACGUCCCCGUGUACUGCAGCCGCAUCCAAGCGCUGCACCUGCUCUUCAGCCUCUUCCUGGAGUUCAGAGACUCGCAGCACUUUGCGCGCACUUGAACGCGGCCUUUGCGACCGAGGGAUUUUUCAAGCCUCCUUCUGGAAGACCGCAUUUUCAAGUUUCCACGUACAUGCGGCGACAACCCCGUAACUUCCGCUAACAACCCAGGCUAAACUCGGUUCAUCAGUCGAGAUCCGUCACGUCAGGGGUCGCCAACGUGGAGCCCGCGGGCAACAGGCAGUCCCCAAGGACCAUGUCACCACACCUAUUGUAAAAAUAGCUCACGAGUGACCGGGCAUUGUGAUUUCCAAGGAAUUCUCUCGAAGUGAUCAUUUGAAUAUGUAAAAUAUAUCAAGUGUUGCAUAUUUAUUUUUACGUUUCCUGCCUUGUUAAAUCAUUGGUGAUACUUAUUGUGAGAAAUAAUGAACAUGAUCAGUGUCUUACCAUCGAUGAAUAUCAGUAAUUAUUUAUGAUAACACAAUUAAAGGUCAUUUGUAGGGCUUCAA